AGGGGCGCGACGUAGUCUCCACUGAGCCUCUUUUGACCAGUAUGUGAAUAACUCGUGCUAGUGAACACGCGCGCCUUUGGAUAUUCCUUUUUGGAAUUACGGCAUCAUGCGGCUUAUAUUGCUGUGCGUCCUAGCAGGCGCCGCGUGCGCUCGCGAGGAGGGCUGGCAGCCCAUCGUACCAGAGUCCUCCCUUACCUACACGACUUACCUGAAGGCACCGGAAACCAGUUCGGCGUUAAAAAUUAUCAAUCGUAAGCCACCGAGCCUAGCGUACCCGAGCAAACUGUCCGGCGCGUACAGCGCUGGCCCCCUCGCAGACUCGGACGCCUGCAGCGUCUACAAAGUGUCCAUGAACCAGGAACUGUUCUACCAGUAUGUGGAGUAUCAGAAGGAUCUGCCAGACCUGAAGGAGUUUACUCUGUGCAUGUGGUCGAAGUUCCAUAACCACUCGGAUGACCAUCCCUUGUUCUCUUAUUCAGUUGGAGACAGCCCUAAAGAGAUUUCGGCUUGGAUAUCAAACACCGUGGAAGCUAGCUAUUUCAGCAUGGCCGUCCACGGACAGACCUUCUUCAGGCUCAAUUAUCCUCUGAAACUUAACACGUGGUAUCAUUCUUGUCAAUCUUGGAAUGGCAAAACUGGAGAAUGGCAAAUUUGGGUGAACGCAGAGCGAGUGGGCAGAGGGUUCCACAACAGGUUGGUGGGUCACAUAAUAAAAGGAGGCGGCAUAGCUAUCACUGGUCAAGAACAGAGCCUUUUAUAUAGCAAAGAUGGUAUCGAGCCCACUAUAAAGCAAGCUGGACUUAUGGGUGAAGUGACGAUGCUUCAACUAUAUCAUGUUGCGUUGACGGCGGGCAAAGCCCACAAAGAUCACAAGCACCAUCACGCCCACCACUUCAAGCACGACGGCACCCCGGUGGAGGCCUCCACGGAGGCGGUGACGGAGCCGCCGCCGCCCGAGGCCACGCCGCUGGGCAACGGGAACUUCCUCAUCGGCGGGCAGCUGCAGCGCGCGCCCGACCUCAACAUCGCCGGCCCGCAGCCGCAGCAACAGAUGAUCCCCGUGCAGCUGCCCAACGGGUUGCAACUCCAGCAGGGAUACAUCAACGGCCAACUGAGUAACAGGAUUGUCUCUGAACAGCUGCUCAACAGUGUUCAUCAAAUCCCAUCAGCGCUGCCCUCGUCCAACCCCUUGCCUCAAAUUUCUUUACUAGAUAUACCAGUGUCCUCCUCUAUUGGUCACGGACAGAGAUUUUCAGUAAGGCAGCCUUUGGGUCCAUCAAAAUCAUCGACGGUGAUGUUAUCUGGUUCCUUACUCAACCCAGCAAAUGUGCAGUACAUCGAUGAGACAUCGUCACAUAACUUAUAUAAACGAGAUGAUUCUAAUAAGAAACGAGAUAAAAGAGAUAAUCCAGAGAAAGAAUUGGGACAAUACACCACAGGGAAGAAAGACAAACGAGGUCUGGUUGCACUGUCGGACGGGUCGAUCGUAGACGAUGCGCUGCUCAGCCCGAACAUAGCCGCAGACGAAGAUGACGCCAUGUUCCAGCAGUCGCUGCUGAGUGGACUCGCUGGAGUCGUUGGGAACCUCCCAGUUCAAAAUGUACAAAAAGAGACGGUGGACGAGCGAGAGCCGGCCGAGGCGGAGGUGAAGGCGGUGAUGCAGGUAUGCAGCGGCUGCACGGCCGAGCCCUUCAAGAAAGCGCUCGUUCUCUCCUGGAGAUCCACGCCCAAGAAACUCCACAGCGGCGCACACUACUACAAGGGCCUGCCUAUAUGCCGGGCAUUCUAAACGACUAACACGUCUCACGUGCAAAGACGAAGUAACAAUCGGUACCUUUAGCUAAUGACUGUACGAAGCGCCAUAUGAAACUUAAAUAUUAAUUUUAAAGAUAAAGUCAGCCAAGUUCCAUCAUUCCUAUUCAGACAUUAGUUUUCCAAUAUAAGAUAUGACCGAAAUCUCAAAUGGUUACAUUUUUAGCUACAAUAUCGAGCUCCUUAUCCUGUCUGUCAUCGGUCCCAUCACUAGAACAUCACAAUUAUCCUCAUUAUUAUAAAAAUUAAUUUUAUAAUAAUGAGGAUAUGUAUUUAGUAAAAUUAAAUGUUCUGACCAAUGAAUAAAAACUAUAAAGUCCGUUACUAAAUAACAUGAUAAUGACUCUGGAGUAAGUACAUACUUGUUAAAAAAGCACGAAUAAAAUAGUGUCCUCAUUUCUUGUCCAACUAAUUGAGUAAUCAAUUAUUUUUCAUUUUGUUACCGUCAACAUUAUUAAUUAUUUUCACCCGGAUAAAUACCAUAAUUAAAUUCAUAUGUUACUUCAGUCAACCAAAACUUGCCAUUAGCAAGUCAUUUAAUUUAAUUUAUUUUAGUAAUAAGCAUUUAGAUAUAAGACAAGUACUUAAAUGUAAUUAUUCUAAAAUGUGUACUUAACUUGUUACUUAUUAAUUUACAGUAAAUAAUAAAACAGUA